GACCCCCAAAGUCAAUGGGGGGCCCCCUUCAAUCAGGAUGGGACACCCCGAAAUGAGGGGGACACCCCCCAAAGUCAAUGGGGACAUGGACAGCCCCCCCAAAUCCGGCGCCGGCGCCACAGCUCCCACUUCCCGCUGUGCUCCUAUUGCUGCAACUGCUGCCGGAACCGGGGCUGCGGGUUCUGCUGCCGCACCUGAGCCCCCCAAAACAGCCCUUGGCACCCCCAAACUGGCCUCGGCACCCCCAAAAUCGGCUCCGGGACCCCUCAAAACCCCCCUGGGGAGCCCAAAAGUGGCUCCGGGACCCCAAAAGUGGCUCCGGGACCCCUCAAAACCCCCCUGGGGAGCCUAAAAUCAUCAAUGGGACCCUCAAAGUCAUCAAUGGGACCCUCAAAGUCGUCAAUGGGAAGCUCAAAAUCAUCAAUGGGGAGCCCAAAAUCAUCAAUGGGGGCCCCAAAGUCAUCAAUGGGACCCCAAAGUCGUCAAUAGGACCCCCAGAAUCAUCAAUAGGACCCUCAAAAUCAUCAAUGGGACCCCAGAAUCAUCAAUGGGACACCAAAGUCAUCAAUGGGGAGCCCAAUAUCAUCAAUGGGACCCUCAAAGUCAUCAAUGGGGAGCCCAAUAUCAUCAGUGGGACCCCCAAAUCAUCAAUGUGGAGCUCAAAAUCAUCAAUGGGACCCCAAAGUCAUCAAUGGGAACCCCAAAAUCAUCAAUGGGGACCCCCAACCCCACCCAUAGGACCCCCAACCCCCCCAUGAGCACCCCAAAGCCCCCAUCACCCC